UCAUAAUAUUCAGUUAGCGAUCGUAUGUCGUCGGUGUUGGUUGUUCGCAUUUCAUUCAAACGUCGAUUCUGAUUCGUUUUUACAUAGAUUUGUUGUGUGAGAGGUGAAACGAUUAUUGUGGUGGUUUCUAUUUUUCAGUUUUUUUAUUUUGAAAUCUUGCAACUCACACAGUGCAAUGAUUUACACAUUUUUUGUUGUUUUUAUUUGGCCUAUGCAAACAUCGUCCUUAUAACUUGAUAUACUAAUUUACGGUGCCGGUAUUAGCGUUGAUUAACUCGACUGGAUAUUCGAGUCGACGCCGAACACUGAAGGAUUACAAGUAUUCAACGGCCAUUAUUGUUACGUACAAUUUGUGCAACACACCCAGCCAUCUGAUCAUGGGUCAACUAAAUGGAUUAAUUAUUUAUAGAACAUAAAAAAGUGACGAAAAUAAAAUAAAUUGUUUUGAUGAAUAAAUCGAUGCAGCCCACAUUGAAUCCACAUUUUUUUUUAAGCCACAAAUGGUAUCCAUGUGCAUUGUAAUAAUUGAGUGAUUUGUGAUUGGUGGUGUGGGUUCAUCAAUAUUAGUUGUGGAUGGAAAGUCAAAUAAAAGAAUUUGUUUGGUGAAAGAAAAAUUGUCUCUCCGAAAAGGGAAUCCCAUUUCCGAAAACGUAACAGGAGAUAAGGAGAACAUUACGCCUUGUCUCAAUAAAUAAUCAAAAUUUUGACCGAAGUUUCUAAAGUGCCCCUUAGGGCUGUCGCACUGGCGUCAUAUUUGGGAGACGGAUAUUCCUCUCUCGGACGGGCGACUCCAGCCAAGGAUUUAAUGGCUUUCGGUGUACUGCAGCACACACAACACAACAUAGGUCGAGCGGAACCAUCAGUCGGGGUUGGAGACCCCUGUGCCGGUUGCAAUAAACCAAUUUUAGACAAAUUUUUAUUAAAUGUUCUCGAAAGAGGAUGGCACGCUCAUUGUGUUAGAUGCUGUGAAUGCUCACAACCAUUAACGGAUAAAUGUUUUAGUCGAGAAGCGAAAUUAUACUGUAGGAAUGAUUUUUUUAGACGAUAUGGCACCAAAUGUACUGGUUGUGGACAAGGCAUAGCUCCAUCGGAUUUAGUGCGUAAACCUCGUGAUAAAGUGUUUCAUUUAAAUUGUUUUACGUGUUGUAUAUGUAGAAAAAAGUUGAGUACUGGUGAACAAUUAUACGUGUUAGAUGACAAUAAAUAUAUUUGUAAAGACGAUUAUUUAAUGGGUAAAGGACCACAUCCGUCGUCGUUAACUGAUUCACUAAUGGGCUCAGCGUCCGAAGAUGAAGAUGACGACGAACCACACAUAAGAGGACCAUCGUUAGGAUUAGGACCACUAGGACCUAAUGGGCCUGAUUCAGUGGGACCGAUUGGCCCUUCCGAUUUGUCUGUGCAAAGUAUAAGUACGGACAGUAAAACAACUCACGACGAUUCUGAUCAGGGUUCGCUUGAUGGUGAUCCAGACGGUCGGGGUGAUUCACAAGCUGAAAAUAAAAGUCCCGACGACGGAGCUAAUGGAUCAAAACGACGCGGACCUAGAACAACCAUUAAAGCGAAACAAUUGGAAGUGCUGAAGACGGCAUUUAGUCAAACACCGAAACCAACGCGUCAUAUUCGAGAGCAAUUAGCUAAAGAAACGGGAUUGCCAAUGAGAGUGAUACAAGUUUGGUUCCAAAACAAACGAUCGAAAGAGCGACGACUCAAGCAGCUGACAAGUAUGGGUCGCGGUCCAUUCUUCGGUGGUGCCCGGAAAAUGCGCGGUUUCCCAAUGAAUUUGUCGCCUGGUGGUUUGGACGAUGGUCCGCCCGGAUUUCCGUACUUUGCCAGCGAAGGGAAAUUUGAUUUUGGCUAUGGCGGACCACCGUUCCAUCCGCAUGAUGGACCAUUCUUUCCGGGCCAUCCAAACGGACCAAUGCCGUUCAAUAUUCCAGGUAAAGGCAUUAUAUGGGGUCCAAUGGAUCACGGCGGUCCAAUACCAAUGGUCAACGAUUUCGGUGGCUUGACGCCCGAUUCGAGUUUUCUGAAUCAACCGGGUGGACCAGGCGGCGGUUCCGAUCAUUUGCUGAACGGACCACGAGGCGGAUCACCCGAGUUCAUGAAUUCCGGCAACUUUUCCGAACCACAAAAUAUGCAAAACGAAGGAUUGGUUUGGUGAAAUUGAUAUAAAAAUUCGGAUAAAGAUGAUGAUGAUGCUGAUGUUGACGACGAGAUUUUGUGUAGAGACUCUGUCGUUUAAAACUCGGUGUAACAUUAAUUUGUUUUUGUUUUUUUUUUUGUUCAUUCGUGGUUGGUUUAUUAUUGUAUACGUUCAAUGGUUGUUUUUAUUUUCCGACGCUACCGAAUUGCAUACUCUUCGGCGUAUGCUUAUUUGGAAUGAAACGUGGAGCCUCUAUACUUUGUGAAUAAUAAUAUAAUGAUAAGAAAGAAAUGAAAACUCCUUAUUUAUGUGUUAAUUUUACUACAGACAAUUCAAAUUCCUAUUAAAAUUUAGUUGCAAAAAAUGUCCUUGUUGAAUUUAAUUUAUAACUUCGAUCGUCUUUUACAGUGAAAGUCAACCGAAUUAGUGUCGCAGGUGGCUUCAGCUGUUUUACCAGCUGAUACACUCAUACUAUCGCACUAUAUUUUUGACACCACUUUCCCCAUUGUUCGACCUCGUUAAAUAUACAGUCCAUUAUCGAUAGUCCUUGCAUUUCUUCGAAAGAAAAAAAAAAUCAAAAACUUAAGAGAAAAUUAAAUUUGAAACGCAACUCUGGGACGUUUGUCCACUGGUUAAAAUGUCGCAUCGGUUGAUAGCAAGUACUAUUUUCUUGAAAAAUGUUUUCCCAGACUUUCCCUUUUUUGAAGAAAGUUCGAGAACCUAGCUGAUAACACCUCUAAAAUAGCAAUAGCAUCUGCAUUUCUACCGGACAAAUGUAGAAAAAGCCGCUGCUCUCUGAAAACAUUGUUCAUCAAAGACAAUGACGAGUACAGGAAUCACAAUAUAAACGUAAAGUUCCUUAAAACAAAUGCAUUUUAGGCUUGAGUGGUACUCUAAAUAUGGUACUGAAACUGUACAGUGUAUCAUACAAAUUACACUGUAAAAAAAUGUUCAUGCAAAAAAGUACUCUAUUUGGUAGCUGUUACUGCGAUCACGGAUCACUCAUGCAGUGCGUCGCAAAAACAAAAAAAAACGAGUUGACAGUUCCGUUGACAGUAAAUCACAGAAAAAAAUAUCGCUGACGCAGGGCUAACUGUAAAAAAUUCGUGAAGUAGAUAAGCAAUUUAUUAACUCCUGCAGCUAUGACUUAUAAUUUUGUUCCAAGUAACUGUAAACACGAAUUUUCGCUGGCCGAAAGAACACGAUUUCAUCCAAAGAGAUCGCUUUACAUAUAAAUACUCUAUGAGAUUAGGUGUCUGUGGAUGAAAUUUCACAGUAAUUUGAUAAUCCGUAUGGCCUUGGAACAAACCUAUACACUCUGUAAAGACAUUUAUGGGUCAAUCCGUCAUCGUCCAUGUUGUAUAUUCAAUUUUGCAUCCUUUUCAAAUAACGCAUGUGAAACAUAAACAAAUGCUGUUGCUUAUACGACAAUAAGCAACUGGUGUUGGAGUGAAAGAGAAAACAUAUUCUCGGCAAUGUGUGAUUAUAUGAGUUGACCAGGUGGUAUAACAGUUUAGCAAAUUGAGACACAAAUUCGGUUGACAUUAACUGUAAUUGACGAAGAAAUUAAUUUAAUUUUUUGUCGUUUAGUUUUUAAAAAUAAUUUCAACGAUAACUUGGCCAAAAUACUUGUAUAAAUUUCGUAUAAAUAAUUCUAAACUAUGAUUUGUAGACGUAAAACAUGCAAUGUGUAAAUAUUUAUAAAAUGAAAAGAAUUAAACAAAAUAAUUGAGAACACAAAACGAGAAAACAGUAAAAAAUAACUCAGAAUCCCAGUACAUUGUGUAAAUGACGAACAAAAAAUAAGAAAGAGAAAAUAUUUAAAUGAAGAGAAGCUUUUUAAAAAGACAAAGUAAUUUGUAUAAACUUUACGUGCAUUUUGGGCUCUGACCACUAAACUAGGACAAAAUGUUUUUUUUUUUUUUUCAUUUAAUUUCCUCUUUUCAUUUGUUGUGUGUAUAAAUGGAAAAUAAUUGCAAAAAAUUAAUUAUCAAAAUAACAUGAUUUGCAGCCACACGAAAAUCAUAAUGCUAGUUUGAUGACAACGUUUUUAUUGUACAUAAAGAAAUUAUUAAAGAAAAAAAAAUGAGAUACUGUAAACAAAA